AUGGUCAGCAAACAGACAAAAUUGUCAAUAUGUUUGUCAGCCCUUGGUCAAGCCUUGAACUCCUUGGUGAUUCUUAAGAAAGAUGAACCCCUUGAGCCUGAAGCAAAGAAAUCUUGUGUGGGUCUAAUCAGCGACGCAUGUCGUUUACUGCUUGAAGUCCAGAGGGAGGAAUCCCAAACCAGAAGAGUAUUAAUCCUAACCAAUCUGAACCCAACCCUAAAGGACGCACUUAAUGAAGUAAAAAUUGGAGAAUUACUCUUCGACAAGGAGCUAAAUGACAUCAUCAAAACCUCCAAGUGUCUAGAAAAAACCAGUAAUGAUUUGAAAAAACCGAGAAAAACUCCAAAUGACGAAUUCUCAAAAAACGCCAAACGCCCGCUCUACCCCCCUGUGAAGAAGCAGCAGAACAGGUCGAGCGGGCACAUGAACUUGGGGCCUCGGAAGAAGAAGACCCCACAGAGACCUCGGUCCAGGUACUCCUCCAGGAGAGAUCAUCCCUACCGGAGGAGGAAAUAA